AACGCCCCCAAACUCCACCGUCGCCCAAACACACCGUUAUAAAGAAACGCCCCCCUCUGCUCCCUCGCUCGUUUCCCUCUCUCUUCAUCCACGCUCGUUGAUCUAUCCAUUCCGGUUUCAUACCGAUUACAUUCUUUUCCAAUCAACAAGCCCCGCUGUUCAGCGUUCCGUUCCUUACUGAAACCAAUUCGCUCGACUUUUCGCAAGUCCAACUUUAUACCUAAUCCGACGAACUCCCAACUUUCCACCAACCCAAUCUUCAAGAUGCGUUUCUCCAUCGCUGCUCUUGCUGCCCUCGCGGCCGGUGCUGUUGCCACCACUACCACCGACAUUAUCUACGACACCACCACCUGGUGCCCGGAGGAGGCUUCCAGCACCCCCGUUGUUCAGUCCUCUAGUGUCCAGACCCCUAUUGUCAAGGCCACCGUCAUCACCCACGGUAGCCAGACCUACAGUGUCACCAAGCCCACCUCUCUCACCAUGAGCAACGGCCCUUACACUGUCUCUCGUCCCCUCCUGAGCAAGACCGUGACCUACUGCAACAAGUGCGCUGGCCCAACUGCCCCCGCUGGCUCUUCUCCUUCUCCCUCUUCCGCCUCCGUUGUUCCCGUCUACUCCGGCAGCUCUGUCGUCGUCCCCAGCGUCCCCGGUGCCAGCCAGGUCCCCGGAACCUCUGCCUCCAGCACCCCCGUUGCUCCCGCUUUCACUGGUGCUGCUUCCCGUCACAUCGCCGGUGCCGGCGCUGGUCUCACUGCUGUUCUGGGUGUCGCCGCUUUCCUUCUGUAAGCGACUUGACACGAUCUUGCUUUCUCCAUAGAUAUACCACAAUCUAGGUAGCACGUAAUGGGAAGGGACAAAAACCGUGUUUCCUAGAGCAGCCAAAUUUUUUUAUUAUACCAUUAUCAUGUGAAUAGGGUUCGAAACUCGUGAAUUCUUCAUUUCUCCACGUAUAUUUAUCACAACAUUUUGAUAUUUUU